GAUCAAUAUGGAGAACCGAAAACGACCGUUUGAGGCAGUUUUGACGCCUAAUGACGGCUUCAAAACGCCGGAGAAGAGAGUGUCAGUGGUCCGGCUGCCGGACUCGGACUACAUGAGAUGGGGAGUGGGCGAAACGUGUCGGUACCUGCGAAGCGAAGGUCUUGGAGAAUGGGAAGAUACAUUUAGAGCCCAAAAAAUCACAGGUGUCGGGCUGCGGUAUCUAAAGGAUGCAGAUCUGGAGAAGAUUGGCAUAAAGUACCUUGGUGACCGGCUGCAGAUCCUACACAGCCUCAGGAAGCUGUGGCAGAUAGAAGCAGAGCCAAAUAAGGUGUUUAAUGAUCCCAUCCACGGGCAUGUGGAGUUGCACCCUCUUCUCAUCAAAAUCAUCGACACCCCUCAGUUCCAGAGACUACGAAACCUCAAGCAGCUUGGGGGGGCCUACUUUGUUUUUCCUGGAGCAUCCCACAACCGCUUUGAACACUCGAUUGGGGUGGGUUACUUAGCAGGACGGCUUGUACAGUCUCUGAAUGAGAGGCAGCCAGAACUCCUCAUCUCUCGCAGAGACAUCCUUUGUGUGCAGAUCGCUGGGCUCUGCCACGACCUGGGACAUGGGCCAUUUUCCCAUAUGUUUGAUGGGAUGUUCAUCCCCAAAGCACGUCCGGGAAUUUCCUGGAAGCAUGAGACUGCCUCUCUAGCCAUGUUUGACUACCUGGUGAAUGACAAUGGCCUGAAGCCAGUGAUGGAGCAGCACGGCCUGGUACUGCCCGAGGACCUGGACUUUAUUAAGGAACAGAUUGCUGGUCCACUGGACACUACUGCAGCUCAAGGCCAGAAGUGGCCAUAUAAAGGCCGUCCAGAAGACAAGUCCUUCCUCUACGAAAUUGUGGCCAACAAAAGAAAUGGCAUUGAUGUGGACAAGUGGGACUACUUUGCCAGGGACUGCUACCACCUGGGCAUCCAGAACAACUUUGACUAUCACCGCUUCCUAAAGUUUGCCAGGGUGUGUGAGGUGGACGGGCAGAAGCACAUCUGCACUAGAGACAAGGAGGUGGGCAAUCUGUAUGACAUGUUCCACACAAGGAACUGUCUCCACAGAAGAGCCUACCAGCACAAAGUGGGCAACAUCAUAGAGACUAUGAUCACAGAGGCCUUUUUAAAAGCAGACAAGCACAUCCAGAUAAAAGGCUCCGAAGGGAAGGUGUUCACUCUCUCCACAGCCAUAGAUGACAUGGAGGCCUACACCAAGCUGACAGAUCAUAUGUUUGAACAAAUACUCAACUCCCCAUCCCCAGAGCUGGCUGAGGCAAGGAAGAUUCUACACAACAUCAUCUGUCGACGCCUCUAUAAGUGUCUGGGCCAAACCCAGGCAGACAAAACCAUGAUUGUAACUCAGGACACAAUUCACUGCUGGGAAGCACAUUUGGCUCGAUCCAUCCCUCAGACUGGCGCCCAGGAUGUCAGUCUGCAGCCAGAGGACUUUGUAGUUAGUGUAAUAUUGAUGGACUACGGGAUGAAGGAAAAGAACCCCAUCAACAAUGUGCACUUUUAUUGCAAGGAUGACCUAACCACAGCCAUCCAGAUUCGCAAGAACCAGGUGUCUAAACUUCUUCCAGACCAGUUUGCUGAGCAGCUGAUCAGGGUCUACUGCAAGAAAACAGAUGACAAGAGUCUGGAGGCAGCCAAGAAGCACUUUGUCCAGUGGUGCAUGGACAUGAACUUCUCAAAGCCUCAGGAUGGAGACAUAAUAGCACCUGAGCUGACUCCUCUGAAAGCCAGCUGGUCGAACAACAACGAACGCGAGGAUGGUGAAGGUGGCAACUCCAGAGAAGUAAACUGUGCUAUUGUAAAUGGACACAAGAAAGCUAAAACUAAGCUUUUUUAAGAGGAGGAGGAAGAGAGCUGAUUACCCUCUGUUACACAUUUGGUAGAUGAGACAGUGUUGAGUGAAAAUUAUUAUGUUUUUCUAUGAGGUGAGUGUGUUGGGGAGCACAGAAAAGAUUUAAAUCAUUCAUUCUAUUUGAAACAGAUUUUAAACCAAAAAAGAAAUGAUUUCAAUAAAGAGGAUUCAUGAAUGCGUAUUCAGGGCCUGUACUCAGGGUUUUUACUGACCGAGAUCACUCUUCAAUAUUAUACACACACUUUUGUUUUAGUUUUAUCAUUUUUAAUCAGGGUUUUAUUUUAGACUCCACUUUCUAUUUGGAGCUGCAAGUGUCACAUUUAUAAGUUGAAUUAUUGUUUUAUACCAUGUGCUAUGCAAUAGCUUACUAUUGUGUUUGCAUUAUGAAAAAUAAAUCAUGGUCAGUUAAAAUGUUUUACUCUGAACAUGUGCACAGUAUAUUUAUACAGCUGAUGUGUUUCAGGAUAUUUUAUUCAGCUUUUAAAUGAAGUAUAUCAAAUCUGCCGUCAAAAGUUACUCUGUGUGAACAAACGUUUACAACAUUUAAAGUGAGCAUUUGUUUUUACUUGUGGAAUUAUUUGGACAUUUUGAUUUGAUCUUACUUUUGAAUGUAUGUAUUUUGCAGAGGUGUUAUCUGGUUGAGUGUGUUAUGUAGUGCUUUAUUUAUUGUUCUUACAGUAAGUAGCUCAGCUUGACCACUGUUUUUUCCCACCUUAUAGAUCUGUGCAACAUUUUAAAUGCUAUUUUGGAUACCAUUUAAAAUGUUUCCUCUUACCAAAAUGUCAUGCACCCUCAUCAAACUUGCCUCAUAACUGGUUGUUUUGUUUUGCUGAUUGUGUACAAAAUAAUACUAUUUUUGAAAGAAUAUAAAGGAGGUCUUGUAAGUUAUAAAUGGUUUUCCUAUUGAAAGGGGUUGAAAACAGUUUGAAAAUAAAACUCUUUCUCUCA